AUGCUCUAUGCCCUUAGAGCAAUGCUCCAUGCUCGUAGAGCAAUGCUCCAUGCUCUUAGAGCAAUGCUCCAUGCUCUUAGAGGAAUGCUCCAUGCUCUUAGAGCAAUGCUCCAUGCUCUUAGAGCAAUGCUCCAUGCUCUUAGAGCCAUGCUCUAUGCUCUUAGAGCCAUGCUCUAUGCUCUUAGAGCAACGCUCUAUGCUCUGACU